UCAAAACGCGACACCUCACUAAGUUAAGAUUAAAAAUAAAAACGCUGUCACUGCCCGUUAGCCAUGAUUCGGAGAUAUUGGGAAAGAGUUGACUGCAGUGUCUAUAGCACUGUGACGUAUUGUUAGUGUGAUGGAAUAUGAUGGAAACGGAAGGACGCCUCGGGUCGGCACUUCUGCAAGACUUGCACUGGAUGACCUUCUGGGUUAAUUUACCACUGCGUGUAUACCCUGCAAAUCAUCGGGACGAUGUGAUGACGCUUUUCGAACUCCUCCAACGUUGAAUUGGCACACACCAUCAUUCACAAGUUAAAGUCAUCACAGCGAGACAAGGUUCGGCAGUUCAUGUCCUUCACGCAAGCAGGAGAAAGGACUGCUGUGUACUGCCUGUCCCAGAAUGACUGGAAACUAGAAGUCGCGACAGACAACUACUUCCAGAAUCCAGACCUUUACUAUAAAGAAUCCAUGAAAAAUUCAGUCGAUCGCAAGAAGCUGGAGCAGCUCUAUAACAAGUAUAAAGACCCCCAGGAUGAGAAUAAGAUUGGCAUCGAUGGAAUCCAGCAGUUUUGUGACGACCUGACCCUGGAUCCGGCGAGCAUGAGCAUAUUGGUGGUAGCGUGGAAGUUCAGAGCAGCUACGCAGUGCGAGUUCAGCAAGAAAGAGUUCCUGGAUGGAAUGACAGACCUCGGCUGUGACACUCCCGACAAACUAAAGGCCAUCCUUCCCAGACUAGAGCAGGAGCUGAAAGACACGGGGAAGUUUAAAGACUUUUACCAGUUUACCUUUAAUUUUGCCAAGAAUCCUGGGCAGAAAGGUUUAGAGUUAGAGAUGGCUGUGGCUUACUGGAAUCUAGUUCUAACAGGUCGCUUCAAGUUUUUGGACCUUUGGAACACAUUCCUCCAGGAGCAUCACAAGCGCUCGAUCCCCAAAGACACAUGGAACCUCCUUCUGGACUUCGGCAAUAUGAUUGCAGAUGACAUGUCCAACUAUGAUGAAGAGGGAGCAUGGCCUGUUCUCAUAGAUGACUUUGUGGAGUUUGCAAGACCACUUGUAUUGGGGGGCAAGAGCGGCAAGACAUAGUCUUUGCUCCACAUGCUGUGACUGGACUUCUCUCCCAGUUUUGCAUUUUUUUGUGAAUGAUUUUCCCCCAACCCCUCCAAACACAUAAGCCAAAAAGACAUCCCCAGUAGUCUUGCUUGUGGAGUUGUCGAACAUUGAGCCUGCAUAAAAUAUCUGGUUGUUCAUGGAUUAAGGUGCAGCAAGAGGAUUUUAUGUCAACUUCAGGUGGACUUCUGAGGUGAUGGUCACCUGGUACUUCUCAUUUAUGGACAAGCAUUCAUCAAACUGCUGUGGACUUGGAUCCCUAACCUAAAUCUUGUGCAAAAGAAGCAGGGACAGCAAGAAUGAGCUUUUGGUACAGCAGCAAGUGGUGUCUUUAAGUUUAUAGUUAAUGGAACAUCACAUUCAAUCAUGCAUGUUUCUGUUGAAUGAAACGGUGCCAUUGACGCGCUCGCCGACAAUCACAGAGCUGAGCAAAAUGUGCACUUGGUUGUCAUUGUGUGAGCGUUUUGGGUUGGGCUCAUCGUGAACAUUUUUAAUUUGCCUUUUGUACUUGUAACAUUGUAAUUCACUUUUCAAUGUGAAAAGAGUGAAAUAUCCAGUUCUGCAUUUUGUAAUUCAAUUUGACAGUUCAUCAGAGAAUACAUUUCCCGUUUCAUACCAGCAAAGUUAUAGUAAUCGUUGUACUCUACCGAAGCAUUAGUAAUUGUUCCUAAAUUGUAUACAUUUCUAAAAUGCAACUGCCUCUCCCCCCCCAAACAAGUUGAGCACUUUGGAAGGAGAAACAUAAGAAACUGAAUGGCACAUUAAUUGUUAAUUACCGUGGUGAAUGAUGGCUUCCCAGCUACAAACUGCACACUGGAAGCUGCUAUAUUUUAUGUCAAUAUCCAAUCCCUCUCAGCAAAAUUUUCCAAACUUUGAUCAAACUGUAAGCUGCUAUUUCAAAAUAUACUCCAUCAGUAUUUUUGAAUGUAUUAUGUUGACACUGUUUGAAGUUUUAGUUUUAUUCCAUUACAGUGCUGUGAAAAGGUAUUUGCCCCUUCCUGAUUUCAUUUUUUUUUUGUUCCCACAUCUAACUAUCUCUAUCAUUUCAAGUCAUCAAACCAAUUUUGAUAUCACUCAGAGACAACUCAUGGAAAUACUAGAAGCAGUUUUCAAAUGACAAUUCGAUUUAUUAAGGAACAAAAAUAUCUAAACCUUUUUGACCCUAUGUGAAAAAUUGUCCCCUAAACCUAAUAACCGGUUGUGCCCCCUUUGUAGCAGUAACUGAAAUCAAGUGUUUGCGGCUCUGGAAGCAUUUUGUCCCACUCUUCCUUGUUUCAACACCACUAUAUUGGAGGAUUUCUUGCAUGAACUCCCCGUUUAAGGUCACACCACAGCAUUCCAAGUAGAUUUAAAUCUGGAUUUUGACUUGGCCACUCCAAAACCCCAAUUUAUUUAUUUUUUUGAGCCAUUAAAAAGUAGACUCGCUGGUGUGUUUCAUAUCGUUGUCCUCCUGCAUGAUCCAAGAGCGCUUGAGUUUGUGAGCAUGAACUGAUGGGCAGACGUUCUUCAGGAUUUUCUGGUAGACCACAGAAUUCAUUGUUCCAUCAAUCACAGCAAGGUGUCCUGGUCCUGAGGGAGCAAAGCAGACCAUCACACUGCCACUACCGUCCUUCAUUGUUGGUAUAAUGCUGUAAUGAUCAAAUGCUAUGCCAUUUUUAUAGCAGACAUAACGGGCCACAGAUCUUCCAAAAAGUUCAACUUUUGACUCGUCAGUCCAUAGAAUGUUUCUCCAAAGGUCUUGAGGAUUAUAAAGAUGUUUUUUUUGGCAAAUGUGAGCCGAGUCUUUGUAUUCUUAACUGACAGCAGGGGUUUUCACCUGGGAACUCUCCCAUGGAUGCCAUUUUUGGCCAGUGCCUUCUGGUAAAGUCAUGAACUCUAACCUUAACUGAGGCCAGUGAGGCCUGCAGGUCUUUCGAUGUUGUUAGAGGUUUUUUUGUGACCUCUUGGAUGAGUCGUCACACUCUUGGCCCUUUAGUUGAUCGUUCACCACUGGGAAGGUUUGCCAAUGUUACCAGUUUUCCACUUAUCAGUUUUAUGCAUUUGUGGAUAGAGGCUCUGACAGUGAUUCACUGGAGCCCCAAAGCCUUGGCACUUGGAAAUGUCUUUUUUUUUUUUCUCAUUUCUUCUAGAAUUUUUUGGGAUCGUGGCAUGAUGCAUUGAUUCUUGAGAAUUUGCAGCCUACCUCAUGUUUUCUGACAGAUUAUAUUUAAUUGAAUUCUUGAUUCAACAAGUAUGGUGGUAAUCAGGUUUGGGUGUAGCCUCGCGUUUUCUGACAAAUUCGAUUUAAUUGACUUCUUGAUUCAACAAGUAUGAUGGUAAUCAGGUUUGGGUGUGGCCUCUGAAAUUGAACUCACCUUCCCCAAAUUCAGGGUUGGUCACAGCGAGUUUAUGAUUUCACAAGAGGGGUCUGAUUGGAUUUUGUUUUUAUCGUUAAAAAAUUAUUUGAAAACUGCAUUUUGUAUGUCUUUGUGUUGCCGCUGAGCGAUAUUAAUAUUGGUUUGAUUAUUUGAGACAUUUGUGUGGCAAACAUAUGCAAAAAAUAAAAAAGAAAUGAGGACUGGGGCAAAUACUUUUUCCACAGUACUGGUAGUAUUGCAGAAAAGGUCUCACUGACAUUGUUGCUGCCAUCUAAGGGUGGCUGUGAACAGUACUGAGCUUGUCUGAACAAGCCUCAAUUGGUUAAUGAAGGGUUGUUAUACCUCUGCUGAUUUCCCUGCAAUAUAUUGCACUGCUGUCUUCACAAAAGCUGUCAACUUGUAUGAUCUUCAAACCUGCAUUGAAUGUGAAUGCGACAAAACGAGUUUUGUCCACAGUUAAGUGACGCCCAUGUUUCACAACACUUGGUUGUUCGUGUACUUCAGAUACACAAUGUGUACUUCUGGUGCAGAAAUAGGAUUGUGCAAAUACUAUUCUCGAAGAAAAUAUGAGCAAAAUGUGAAGGCUGGCUCUAAAGCAGGAAAAUCUGACUUCCUAACGAUGGCAACAUGUUACAUUUUGUACAUGUCAUCUGUUUCUGGUCACCUUAACUGCUUUCUAUGGCAAAGGGAAUGGGUUCUUUUGUCUCAAAAGUGUAGUUGUUUUACAAAACAAGCCAAUAAAGCAUGUGUGUGUGUAAUGAUGAA